AUGUCCAACGACAACGACAACCACCACCCCCCCAUCCCCCUCCACGCCCCCAUCACGACCGCCCCCUCGCCGACCAGCGUCUCCCCCGCGCAGCCCGUCCCCGCCCCCGCCUGGCUGCAGGGCAAAUGGCACGUCACGCACAGCACGCUCCCCAUGUGGCGCACCAAGCGCAACGUGACCAUCACCUACACGCCCGUGGCCGACAGCACCAAGAUCGACGACCUGGUCGAGUACCAGGCCCUCGACGGCAGCAGCACCACCGCCAAGAUCAAAUCCGUCCACGGCGUCGACACGCCCGCCGCCGACUGCGCGGGCUGGGCGUGGGACUGGCGCGGCAAGGGGUGGUUGGUCAUUGCGAGCAGUCGGUGGGAGGUGCUGGGGUAUGGGGACGAGCUGGACGGUGGUGGAAAUGGUGGUGGUGGGGCGCAGACGCAGCCGCCGGAUGCCAGGCAGUGGGUUGUUACGUAUUUCGCCAAGACGUUGUUUACGCCGGCGGGCAUCGAUUUGUAUAGCCGGCACCCGGACGGCUUGAGGCCGGGGACGGUGAGGGCGAUUGAGGAGGCGUUGGCGGGGGUGGAGGAUGAGGGCGUGAGGAGUUUGGCGAAGGAGCUGUUUGAGGUGAAGAUGGAUGGGGCGAGGAAGGAUUGA